UUUGUCAGUAACAGUUGAUUGUAAUGUCAGUGCAGUCCAAUUUACAGGCUGGAGCAGCAGCUGCAUACUGCAUUUCCCUGAAGUAAUACAUGAUUUCCACUCCUUGCAAACUUUAUCAUCUUGUUGCAGUUGUCGGAUGCAGAAGAACACUGAUUGAGGUAAAUUGAAGAGAGAAAUGUGUUCCACCAGUGAUGCUGUGGUUAAUCUGUUGAAAUGCAGUUCAAAGUAAACCAGAAACCAAUAUGCAGAGCAAGGGUAUAAUCAUAAACAUCCAAUGUCUUUUGCUGUUUCUUCUGCUCUGGGUGCUUAUCGGGGAAUCACACUCUGAAGAAGACAUCAUCAUUACAACCAAGAGUGGUAAAGUCAGAGGGAUAAACUUGUCAGUUCUUGGUGGCACAGUGACAGCCUUUCUUGGAAUUCCCUACGCACAGCCACCUCUUGGUAGACUUCGGUUCAGAAAGCCACAAUCUUUGACCAAAUGGUCUGAUAUUUGGAAUGCCACAAAAUAUUCAAAUUCUUGCUAUCAGAACACAGAUCAAAGUUUCCCAGGCUUUAUUGGGUCAGAGAUGUGGAAUCCAAAUACUGACCUCAGUGAAGACUGCUUGUACCUGAAUGUGUGGAUUCCAGUACCUAAGCCCAAAAACGCUACUGUGAUGGUGUGGAUCUAUGGUGGUGGUUUUCAAACUGGAACGUCAUCUUUGCCUGUUUAUGAUGGCAAGUUUCUGGCACGAGUUGAGAGAGUUAUUGUAGUUUCAAUGAAUUAUAGGGUGGGUGCCCUAGGAUUUUUAGCUUUACCAGGAAAUUCUGAGGCACCAGGUAAUAUGGGCUUGUUUGACCAACAGUUGGCACUUCAGUGGGUCCAAAAGAAUAUAGCAGCUUUUGGUGGAAAUUCUAAAAGUGUAACUCUCUUUGGAGAAAGUGCAGGAGCAGCUUCAGUGAGCCUUCAUUUACUCUCCCCUAGAAGCCACCCAUUGUUUACCAGAGCCAUUCUGCAAAGUGGAUCUUCUAAUGCCCGUUGGGCAGUCAACUCUCUUGAGGAAGCUAGGAACAGAACAUUGACCUUAGCUAAAUUCAUGGGUUGCUUUAGAGAAAAUGAGACUGAGAUAAUCAAAUGUCUCCGAAAUAAAGACCCCCAGGAAAUUCUUUUGAAUGAAGUAUUUAUUGUUCCCUACGGUACGCUCUUGCAAGUACCUUUUGGUCCACUGGUGGAUGGUGAUUUUCUCACUGACAUGCCAGACACACUACUUCAACUUGGACAGUUCAAAAAAACCCAGAUCUUGGUGGGUGUUAAUAAAGAUGAAGGAACAGCAUUUUUGGUAUAUGGUUCUCCUGGUUUCAGCAAAGAUAAUGACAGUAUCAUAACUAGACAAGAAUUUCUAGAAGGUUUAAAAAUGUUUUUUCAAGGAGUGAGUGAACUUGGAAGGGAAUCGAUACUUUUCCAUUACGUGGACUUUUUAGAUGAUCAAAGAGCUGAAAAAUACCGGGAGGCCUUGGAUGACGUUGUUGGGGAUUACAACUUCAUAUGCCCUGCCUUGGAGUUCACCAAAAAGCUCACAGAUUUGGGAAAUGAUGCCUUUUUCUACUAUUUUGAACACCAGUCAUCUAAACUCCCUUGGCCUGAAUGGAUGGGAGUGAUGCAUGGUUAUGAAAUUGAAUUUGUCUUUGGCUUACCUCUGGAGAGAAGAGUAAAUUACACAAAAGCUGAGGAAAUUUUGAGUAGAUCCAUAAUGAAACGUUGGGCAAAUUUUGCAAAAUAUGGAAAUCCAGAUGGGACCCAGAAUAGCAGUACAAGCUGGCCUGUCUUCAAAAGCACUGAACAAAAAUAUUUAACCUUGAACACAGAGUCACCAAAAGUUUUUACUAAGCUACGUGAUCAACAAUGCCGAUUCUGGACACUGUUUUUUCCCAAAAUCUUGGAAAUAACAAGAAAUAUUGAUGAAGCAGAACAAGAGUGGAAAGCAGGAUUCCAUCGCUGGAGCAAUUACAUGAUGGACUGGAAAAAUCAAUUUAACGAUUACACAAGCAAGAAAGAAAGUUGCACAGAUUUUUGAAGAUUUCAAAGAUGGAGAAAAGAGACCGAGGGGAGAUUUGACAACACAGAAGAGGAGAAAGAAGGCAAUGUGACCACAGAGGCAGAAAUUGGAGAGAUUCAGCCACAAGCUAAGGAAUGUCAGCAGAUACCAGAAUCUAGAAGAGACAAAAAUAUGAAUUCUUCCCUGGCGCCAAUGAUGGAAAGGUAGCCCUGAUGAGACCUUGGUUAUGACUUAGUGAAACUUAUUUCAAAUUUCUAAUUUCUAGAACUGAGAGAGGAAAAAUUUGAAUUGUUUAAGUCAUAAAGUUUGUGUUAAUGUAUUACAGCAGUCAUAGUAAACUGAAAUGCACAAACACACAUACACAUGUAUAAUUUUGCCAAAUAUAUUUAAUUAUUAUUUAUCUAACAUAUUCUUCCUUAAGUCGUCAAAGGUAUUUCAAUCUACUAGUUAAAAUGUAUCUUUAUUUUGUGACAAUUUUUAAAUAUAUGUUUCUUAUUUUUCCUCUGUCCACUCUAUUCUCACCUCCUCUGGUCCUAUUAUUCUUGAGUCUAAUUACAUCAAACUGUCCCAAUUUAGUCUCCCUUUAAUUUUUCUUUAUUGCUUCCUUAGAACUACUCUCACUUAGGAUGUUUCCCCCCUGAUAUUUGCUCUUCCUCUCUGAUUUGCCUUCUAUAGCUAAUCUAUUAUCUUAUUACCACUGUUAUUAAGGGUAGUGAUUUUUGUUUUGCCUCCCAGAUAGUUUUCAUUUCAACUUAUUCUCUUUAUGGUUGAUGUAAUUUCAUAAAUGCAAAAAUUCCUUUUAACCUUUCAAAAUAAAUUUUUAUUAUUCAUAAAUAUUCUAAAAUUUUCUUAUUUUUAUGCAUUAACAAUUUCAAAAGCAAGUAUUCUUUGGACAUAAUCAUUUCUUCCAUUUCUUUUAGAUAAAUUAUUUUCCCAUAGCCCUAUGCUAAUACAGUGUUAUGUGAAUAAGUGUUGACAAAUUUUGGCAGAAAUAGGUGGGAAUUCCUGGUCUAACUCUUAAGAAACAGGAAAAGGAAGAGGAAACAGAUUAUAUUUAAUAUAGUUUUAACCUAUCAGUGGGCAAAUCCACCAUAUGGUAGGGUCUAUGAGGAAAUUCUAAUGGAAGGCCUUGUCACAAAAAAGAUACUUACGUGAGUUCCGGAAGGUUUGUUCUCGAAGGUAGGUGUGAUAGACAUAAUUGCUUUAGCCAUGUACUGGAGAUAUCAAGGAGAAUACUUUGCAAAGGGUAUGAUUGUCUAGCUACUAUGUUUUAUGCCUUAAGUAAAGGCAUAUGAAGUAAAGGCAUAUUAAGUAAAGGCUGAUAUGAAGUAAUAUUGAAUGUCAAUAGUGAUUAAAAAUGAAAUUUAAAAAAAUAAAUAAAAUAGUGGUAUUCAAAAUUUCUUUACAAAAAUUACAUGUUCAAACUAGUUCUUUAUCAGAUAAUCAAGACUGAUUUCUGACCAAGAAAAAGCUACUUCUUCCAUAUGAUUUCAUUCAUAUGUGGAACCUAAUGAACCAACUGGACUAAUAAGCAAAAUGGUGACAGACUUAUAGGCUGACAGCUCUGGAGGGGGGUUGAGGGUGUGAAGGGAUUGAGCAAAAAAGAUUAAAGAGGAAGAACUCAUAGGCAGGGAUAAUGGUGUGGUAAUUAUGGAGGGAGGGGUGUGGGUAGAUAUAGAAGAGGAUAUAGAGGGAUGAAUUGUGAUGGAAAACAAAUAAAAGAAAUAUGUAUUUAAAACAAUGACAAUGGGCAAUGCACACACACACAGAAAGAUAAAGCUACUUCUGCUUAGAAUUUCCACCAUAUUGGCUUCUGUAGUUUCUGAAUAAAGCAAGUGUGACUCUUA